AUGGCCGACAACGAAGAUACCGGCGGUCCAUCCGUCUCAGAGCCCCUGGAUCUCGUUCGUCUCUCCCUCGAUGAGACCGUGUUCGUGAAGCUGCGCGGCGACCGGGAACUCAAGGGCCGCCUUCACGCCUACGACAGUCACUGUAACCUAGUCCUCGGCGAUGUGGAGGAGACAAUCUACGUGGUGGAAGAGGAUGAGAACGAAGAGGAGACUUUGCGGACAAUCAAGAAGCAAGAAGAGAUGCUUUUCGUGCGAGGAGACUCUGUCGUUUUGAUCUCUCCCCAGGCAUGA